AUGUUAUUAUUGGUGAUUUAUAUACAGAGCAACACAAUCAACGACCAGGUCGCUGAUACGGUUUCCAAAAAGGCGUCCGAUGCAACGCUAUUUGAUCAUGAGUAUGCAUUAGACAAGAAUUGGAUAGAAAAAUAUGGAACCGAUAGUCAUGAUGCCGCCCACCCCUUACCUUAUUCCAUGUCGGCAAAUACCAUUCAACUGGUUCAGUUGCAACAAAACCGAAACGAAAAAACCAACGAUGCAUCGUCCCUCAUAAACGUCGAAGAUCACUAUGACAUGCUAAGCGUACCGAAGAGAGAGACCAUGCGUGGUGAGAAUGCCAUAGACAAGCAGAAAACACGUAUGCAGCGAUGGAAACUGAUCAACGAUGAGCGACAAUUCAUGUCUCAUAUUAAUGAAUCGUUGCUCCCACCUGUUUUGAGGAACAAUAAGCGGCUCUCGGAAGAUAAUGAGGGAGAUGGAGCCGGAGACAUGCAGGGCUUGGAGCAGAUUAGUGGAUUUAAACCAAGAAAGUUGCGUUCUACGAUGACAUUAGACGAUUGGAACCUCGAGGAAUACAAUAACGCCAGAAAAAUAUCUGGCUAUACUGUUGUGCCUGGUGUGCACCACAUUGUUAGUGAUUCCAAUUUGUACAAAAAGCCUAUUGACACAAAUGAUGUGCAUUUAUUGCCCCCAAAGGAAAGUCCGGUGGAGAAUAUCGACGAUUUGAGUGACAUUGAUACCCACAAACCAUCGCUAGAUAGAGAUUUUAGUUACCCAUCAAAUCAAAGUGAGUGUGCACCUUCCCUCCACACUUAUAGAAAGGAAAGUUCCAAUUCCCAAAUCACUCAACUGAGUGUCAAUGUCAGCAAAGAUCAAGAACAGUCUCAGGCCAUCUCGCCAUAUCCGUUACCAGAACCCACGACCCCACCUCCAUCAAAUGAACUGCUGGCCCACUCUAAAAACAAUUCACCGAUCAAAAAGUUUCUAACCGAUAGCCCGAGAAAGAUUUUCCGCUCGAGUACAACUACAUUCCACCAACGUCAUCACAACCAUUCAAGCUCAAUUGCAUCAAAUUCAUACUCCUUGAUGUCGGGUGUCUCUUCUAGAUCGAGAUCGUCAUCACCAAAAAAAUUGAAAUCGUACUUGAAGAUUCACAAGCAUAGUUUGAGUGUGCCAAACUUUGCUAUCAACAAGUUGUCGCCAUCACAGCAGUCAAACUCGCCACUUCCUUCUCCUCAGCAUUCAGAAUACUUUUCUGUCAAUUCAACCAAGCUCAUCGAGCCAAUAGACUUGUGGGAAAUACAAACUACAAACUUUACGUACGAUGAAGCUGAAGGCCACUCAUAUGGCGAGCCAAGGAUCAAUGACGGUAAUGGUGAGACAGAUGGGGCAAAUGACGGAUCAAGAGUCAGUUCUCUACCAAGUCAAGCUAUUGGGGAGUAUGAUAGGGAAAAAUGGCGGACAAUCAAGAUGUGUAAAGACGGGGAAACCAUAGAAAAAUCAUGUGUAUAG